CUAGUAAAGUGAAAACUCCAUUUGCUCCCCUCACCCUGAUCUCCCCAUACCUAGCCUUUCGUUGGCGCCUUUCUAACCAAUUGCCAGGCGUGCACUAAGUACUGACGUCGUAUGUACGUGUGGAUAAUAUACGGAGAUCUGAGAACUUUUUUGCGCACGUACCUUUACGCAUUAUAUACGAAUCCUGCGCUCCUUUAACGCGGUGAUCUCUUCUACUUCGUAGGCUGAUAGGAAAAAUAUUUCUUUCAUUUUUUUUAUUCAUAGGAAAAUGAGCAGUUCUGAGGAGGUAUCCUGGAUUUCGUGGUUUUGCAAUCUUAGAGGCAAUGAAUUUUUUUGUGAGGUCGACGAGGACUAUAUUCAGGACAAGUUUAAUUUAACUGGAUUAAAUGAGCAAGUACCACAUUAUAGGCAAGCAUUAGAUAUGAUACUUGAUCUUGAACCUGCUUGUUUUUAUCCUGUAGAUGAUGAAUUGGAUGGCCAUCCAAAUCAGUCUGAAUUAAUUGAACAAGCAGCAGAGCUUCUUUAUGGACUGAUUCAUGCACGUUACAUUCUCACUAAUCGUGGCAUUGCUCAAAUGAUUGAAAAAUAUCAAGCUGGAGACUUUGGUCAUUGCCCACGUGUAUAUUGUGAAUCCCAACCUAUGUUGCCUCUGGGUCUUAGUGAUGUUCCUGGAGAAGCAAUGGUUAAAAGUUAUUGUCCAAAGUGUAUGGAUGUUUAUACACCCAAAAGCUCUCGACAUCAUCAUACUGAUGGAGCAUAUUUUGGAACAGGGUUUCCCCACAUGCUUUUUAUGGUUCAUCCAGAAUAUAGACCUAAACGUCCAACAAAUCAAUUUGUACCUAGGUUAUAUGGCUUUAAAAUUCAUCCUCUAGCAUAUCAGUUUCAACAACAGUCUGCAUCAACGUUUAAAGCACCAUUGCGAGCUGUUAAUUAUAAUAAUGGAAAACGUUAAGAACAUUGCAACAUAGUCUAGAACAUUUUUUCAUUACUCAAAAUACAAUUCCUAAUUUCGUCCCUAAGGAUUAAAUAAAAUAUUAUUUUUUAUAUUGAUCUUUACACAUCUUAGCAGGGCGCUGAAAUACUAAUCGUUUUGUUUAAUCAUUCUGUAAUUUAAAGUUUGAAUGCGACACUCUAACUUUUCGGAUUUUUCCACGGUAUUUAUAGCGUACCGAAAAGAUUAAGAGCGAUGUACCAAACUAUCAAUGUUCACCAAGCGCCAUGUUCAUUUUUAUUUCAGCUUUAGUAACAAUUUUCUUUCGUAUCAAAAAUCAUACUUUUAUGGUUAUAUCAAUUCUGGUCGAUUGAAACAACAAAAAUGAAAUACAUACUUAAAAUAAUUACUAGGGAGUAAGGAUGCAGAUGAGAAUUAUGAUAAAGUGUAUCUGUUUAAAUGUUUUACAUCUCCGUAAUUGCUACCUACUAGUGUUUAAAACACAAGACCGAUCUCGAAGUACAGGAGCAGGUAGCAGCGGAUAUCGAUUGUUUCUUUAAGCAAGAAAAACGAUAAUUAUAUAAAUUGAAAAUUUGUUAAAUAUAAUUUAAUUUAAAUAUUAAUUAAGCUGCUUAAAAAAGCAAUUUAUUUAUACAUGAUUUAUCUUAAUAAAUAUUAAGCUCACAGAUAAAUAAGGUAUAAAGCAAAUUUAAAAGUAAAGACUGUAUAUUAUUCUA